AUGAUUGGACUAAAGUCGAUGGCGGGGGUGCGCGACGUGGUCCGCGGCGGAUCGUGGCCGGCUCGCCUCCUCGACAUAUUCACCUCGCGCGCCGCGCAGGAGAGCUUUGAAUUUGAGGCUGUCGUCAUGGACGCGUGCGCCGCAGCGAAUGUGGCAGUGCCGUCCGAGGCAGGCCUGCCGCACGCGCGCUGGUGGAAAAAGCUGUGUCGUGCCUGCCGAGACAAGACGGGCACCACAAAGCAUGGUAGUCAGCUGCUGCGCUCGCGGCUAACCAACGCCUUGGCUCAGCGGCUCGCCGUCGAGGAAGUGUACCGGCUGAAUGGUGGUGAAAUCGCAAAGGAGCCUGCAGUCGACAACCCAAUCGUGGUGAUGGGCCUGCCUCGCUCGAACGGUCACAUGGCUGCACAUGUGCUGGCCCGCUCGGGCUUGUUCCUAACGCCGCGUCAGUGCGACACCUUGUCUCCGUCCCUCCUGCUCGACCUCGAGCGCCGUGACGCGUUUCGCAAAAAGUUCCGCGGCUUUUCGUAUCUGCACCCAGACUUCCUGUGCGUUCGGGUGCCGCAGGAGGACCAAGUCGACGAUGACCUUACCCUGCAUCUCAUGACGCCGCAGUCGUACGCGUGGGGUCUGCUUCACGGACUCGACGAGUACCUGCUUGAGUGCCUGGAGGAGGACCAGCUGCCGGUGUACACUGAGGUGCGUCGUGUGAUGGAACUACUUCAGUGGUACCGGAAGUGCGGACACUUCUCCGAGCCUGUGACACGGGAGUUCGAACCCAUCGACAAUGUGAUGGAGCUGCAAACCUACGGCACAAAGAAUGUGUUGCUUCGCCCGCAGUGGCUGCUGUACAGCCCAUUCGCCAUCCUCAGCCCCGACGCUGUCAACACCGUCUUCCCCAAGAUGAAGGCGAUUUGGGUGCAUCGUGCACUCAGCCAAUGCUUGCCAUCCCUGUGCUCCGCGUUGUGUCUACACAACACCCUGUACACGGGCAAACCGCCAAGUGACUCACAGCUGGCGUCCAUGGGGGAGAAGGUGUUGGGCAUUUUCGGCUCUGGUACCGCGUACGCAAUCGAGUACUACGGAAAGUUCGAUCAGCGCCGCAUGGCGCAUUGGUCAAACUGCGAUGUGAAGCGACAUGCAACGCGGGUGGCGACAAAGACGCUCGACUACUUUAGCAUCGAGCUGGACCGCUAUCGUCGCAUGCAGAUGAUCAGCGGGCAGACGGAGUACGUGUCCGUCUCUCGCCCGCUGCACGAUGCGCAGAUGCCGUAUUUCUGCCUGCACGACGGCGUUAUCGGCGACGUUUUCCAGGACUACAUUUACCAGUUCGCGGAGUUCGCGUUUGAGAAGAAGUUUGGCAUCACAGUGAAGGAGUACACCCCGCUUGCCGCGCCGGCUGACGCGAUGGCGAUGCGGGGUAUCGCACACGGAUCUAGCGAGCCUCGCUCGGCGCCGGCACUCGGGGCAGGCCAGCCGAUGGUGGGGCACUUCCAACAAGAGCGCAGAGGGUUUCGGUGA